AUGAGUGCAGAUGCCGCCACUAAUGGAAGGUCGGGCAAGAAGGAGCCGCUGGAGAUAGGAACGAAGAUACCUUGCCGAUGGAAGCAGGACGGCAAGCUGCACACCUGCGAAAUCCUUGAGCGCAGGCCCGGCACGAAGGAGGGGACGUGGGAUUACUACGUUCAUUACGUCGAAUUCAACAGGCGGCUCGAUGAGUGGGUCACCGAGGAUCAACUCAGCACGGACAAGGAGAAGGAGAAAGAAGAGAAGGCCGAACGAAACGAAAGGAUCAAGACAAGGCAGACCAAGCGCAAGGCUCACGAAAUCACUCACAAUAAGGUCAACGUGAGCCCAUGCAUCUCGCGCCAGGAUCUGACCCGAUUCUCACAUGAGGAUACGAAGCUCUCGGCGCUCGAGAAAGAGCAUGAGGAGAUCACCAAGGUGAAGAACAUCCAAACCAUUGAGAUCGGCAAGUUCGAGGUCGACACCUGGUACUUCUCGCCCUAUCCCGAGGAGUUUGCGAACUGCCAGAAGCUCUACAUGUGCGAGUUCUGCCUUAAGUACAUGAAGAAGAGGAAGACUUUGCAGCGUCACAAGGUGGGCUUCCUUCUUUCAGCGCUGCGUCGUUUGGGUCCGACCUCGGAUAGCUCACUUCCUAACCUCAUGCAGCUCAAGUGCGACCUGCGGCACCCGCCUGGCAACGAGAUCUACAGAAACGGCACGCUGUCCGUCUUUGAGGUGGACGGCAAGAAGAACAAGAUCUACUGCCAGAACAUGUGCCUGAUGGCCAAACUGUUCCUCGACCACAAGACUCUCUACUACGAUGUCGAGCCUUUCCUCUUCUACAUCAUGACCGAGUGCGACAACAGGGGCUGUCACAUGGUUGGAUAUUUCUCCAAGGAGAAAGACUCUCCGGAUGACUACAACAUUGCCUGUAUUCUUACCAUGCCGCCUUACCAGCGAAAGGGCUACGGCAAGCUUUUGAUUGCCUUCGCCUACGAGCUGACCAAGAGGGAAGGAAAAGUGGGCAGUCCGGAGAAGCCUCUCUCCGACUUGGGGCUGUUGAGCUUCAGGAGCUACUGGACCCAAGUUCUGCUCGAGAUUUUGAGGAAGCACAGAGGAAACAUCUCCAUCAAGGAUAUGAGUCAGAUGACGGCUAUCAAGACGGAGGACAUCAUCUCCACGCUGCAGUCGCUCAGUCUGAUCAAGUACUGGAAGGGCCAGCACAUCAUCUCCGUGACCCCGAAGGUGAUCGAAGAGCACCUGAAGCUUUCGCAGAAGAAGAACACGGGUCCGCUCAUCGACCCCAAGUGCCUGCACUGGACCCCGCUGCUGGACGACACCGUCAUUAAGAAGACCAAGCACGCUUAA